UACAUUAUCACGACACGUGUUACGUAUCUUGAUUUAUUAUAUCAUACAAAAUACUCGGGUACGAAUAGUAUUGCAUGAGCUCUUGAGCAGUGAAAGUGAUGGCGAAUAAGAAAGUGAACGAGGAUUUGCUAAAAGAAAGGGCUAAGUGUAAUUUUAAUGUGGAGGAAUUGACUAAUUUGUUGGACGAUGGAGCGGAUUGUACAAAAUGGAGAAGAACUUUGGAACAAAACGUUUUAAGCGUAAAAGGAUUAUUAGACGUAGUACCAGAAGAGUAUUUGAGCCAUAAAGAGAAAUAUGAGAAUAGUGUACGAAAAAGUUUGAUGAUGAUCAAAGCGCUUAAAGUUUAUAAUAAAGAGAGCGCUAGCAGAUCCUUUGAGGAGAAUAUGAGGUUAGAUUUUCGCAACUCUUUAUGGGCAGCCGUUACAAAAGACAUUACUCCCCUUUUACUACAUCUACACAUGUUUAUGGCCGCGAUUAUUGGGCAGGGAAACGACGAGCAAAGGGAGUAUUGGGAGAAAAAAGCUGCCAAUUCUGAAAUUAUUGGCACGUAUGCUCAGACGGAACUUGGUCACGGCACCUUUAUCCGUGGUUUGGAAACACGAGCGACUUAUGACGUGGACACAGAAGAAUUUGUUCUACACAGCCCAACUCUCACUGCUUAUAAAUGGUGGCCUGGAGGAAUGGGGCACACAGCAAACUAUUGCGUGGUCAUGGCCCAGCUCUACAUAAAAGGCAAUAACUAUGGCAUCCAGCCAUUCAUGGUGCAAAUAAGAGAUGAGGAAACCCACAUGCCUCUACCAGGAGUCAAAGUGGGUGAGGUUGGACCAAAAAUGGGCUUUAAUACAGCUAACAAUGGAUUCCUUGGUUUUGAUAAUGUGCGGAUACCUAGGAAUUGGAUGUUGAUGAAAAAUGCACAAGUCUUAAAGGACGGUACAUUCAAAGCCUCUCCGAAUAGCAAGUUGGUGUAUGGAACUAUGGUGAACGUCAGAGUGAUUAUCGUGAACAACUUGAGCAAAAACCUAGCCCAAGCCGCGACCAUCGCUGUGCGCUACUCCGCCAUCAGACGACAGUCGCAGCCAAAGCCCGGUGCACCUGAGCCCCAAAUCAUUGACUAUGUGACGCAGCAGCACAAGUUGUUAAUAGCAAUAGCAACGAGCCACGCGUACCACUUCACCGCCCGCUGGCUCUGGGAUCGCUUUACCAAAAUCAACGAAGAGCUCAGACGGGGAGAAUUCAAGAACUUGCCAGAGCUCCAUAUCUUAGCUUGUUCCAUGAAAGUCAUCAGUACUGCAGACUGCAGUGCCCUAAUUGAGAAGUGUCGUUUAGCUUGCGGAGGCCAUGGAUACAUGAUGUCAUCAAACUUACCACACCUGUAUGGAAUAUCCGUUGCCACUGUUACUUAUGAGGGAGAGAACACAGUUCUACUUCUGCAGGUUGCUAGAUCCUUGGCGAAAACCUGGGACCAAAUCUACAAAGGUCACAUUUCAGUAAGUCCAUCGAUGCUGUACCUCGCUGACAAAACACCAUUGCCAGAGUGGGAUAAUUCUCUUCAGGGAAUACUCAAAAAUUUUGAAAGAGUUGCUAAAGGGAAAGUGUCCACAAGCAUCUCUAGUCUCGACAAAUACAGGAAAUCAGGGUUGUCGCCAGAAGAUGCUUGGAACAAGGCUUCCGUCCAACUUAUAGCGGCUGCAGAGGCACAUGCAAGAGUCAUUCUUCUGUCGGUUUACAAAACAGAAAUAGAAAGAAGAGCAUCGACUCUAUCAGCCCCGUUGGCAACGGUUUUGCAUCAACUUCUGGAAAUGUAUUAUAUUUACUGGACUUUAGAGAGGAUUGGAGACUUUCUAUUGUACACAAAGUUGACGGCGAGUGACGUAAGAGAUUUGCAGCAUCGAUACGAAGAUCUACUGGAGAAGAUCAGACCGAAUGCAGUUGGCUUAGUGGAUGCAUUUGACUUCAGAGAUGAGAUCUUGAACUCUACGCUGGGGGCGUACGACGGGCGUGCAUACGAAAGGCUCAUGGAAGAAGCCCUGAAGAGUCCCCUCAAUGCAGAGCCUGUUAAUCAAGAUUUGCAGCAUCGAUACGAAGAUCUACUGGAGAAGAUCAGACCGAAUGCAGUUGGCUUAGUGGAUGCAUUUGACUUCAGAGAUGAGAUCUUGAACUCUACGCUGGGGGCGUACGACGGGCGUGCAUACGAAAGGCUCAUGGAAGAAGCCCUGAAGAGUCCCCUCAAUGCAGAGCCUGUUAAUCAGUCCUUUGAGAAAUACCUUAAGCCAUUUAUGCAAGGCAAAUUAUAAGAUGUUUGUGCUCUUUUAGUAUUGCUAUUUUUAUUGUAAAUAACCUUUAUUCAUGCUACAUCGUCAAAUUUGCGUGAGGUUUGAAGGUUAUUUUAAGGUUUGAUCAUCCAACAUGAUGGGUGUCGGUGUAGGGAUGUCAGUCUACAUUUGUAGAACUGCCAAAUGUCAUCAUGUAAAUUGGAUGAUAUGUAUCAUCCAAUCAUAGAUAGGUGCCGAAUGUCAUCAUGAUGAGUUAUCAUUAAUCAUUCAUCAAAAUAUUUUGAAGUGGUUGUAUCUAGUCUAGGUCUACCAUCUGAAAUUACAAACGGUACCUCGUUGAUUGAACCAUACAGGGAAUUUGAAAUAAAAGUUUAUGUUUUCACGAA